AAUGUUGCUGCCCGUGUUCCAUUUAUCGGUGGUUGCGCUGAAUGUAUUUGCAAUUGCAUAUGAUCAAUUGUAUUUGGAUAUACCGUUUCCAUCUAAAGUAUUUGAAGAAAUGCCGUUCAAGGCUCGAUAUAUAUUUUUGACAAUAUGGUGUUUCAUUCUUCAAACAUUAUACUUCUCAGUGUCAUUCCUAAAUGACGUAUUCGGGACAAAUGAAGCAACACCAAAACGGACACCUCUAAUACGUUCCAUAAAGGACGUACUAUUCAGCAUGGCAUUUCCCGUAGCUCUCUACGUGUCAGUCUCAUUUUGGGGUAUCUACGCUAUUGAUAAAGAGCUUAUCUUCCCUGAGAUGAUUGAGAGAAUAUUUCCAGUCUGGUUGAACCACACGAUGCAUACAUUCAUCACUGUAUUCCUAGUUAUAGAGUUAUUAGCCACGAAGAGGAACUAUCCGUCAAGAGCGACUGGCAACACUAUAAUGUCCCUGUUCAUAAUCGCCUACGUAAUAUGGAUACAUGUGAUACACCAUAAAACUGGGACGUGGCCAUACCCGAUUCUGGAUGUGUUGAAUCCUACAUUGAGACUGGUGUUUUGUGGAUUUAGUACCAUCUUAGGAUUAGGUAUUUAUGUGAUCGGUGAGAAGUUAAAUUCGGUAGUGAGUCCGACGUCGAAACAACAUUACACUAAUGGUACAAUGAAAAAAAGUAAAUUGAAAUAA